AUGGCCACGUUCUUCCGUCGUCACUUCAAGAGGAAGGAAGCUGUUCUUCAUGCGGAGGUCACUUCCUGCCGCCAGCGGAGGCCCAGCGCGGCGCUGCCGACCAGUCGGGCGCGCCGCAGCUCCAGUGUGGGGCUUCCCUCCUCCACCCUGACCCAGCGCCGACGGUCCAGCGUCCAGCUGCAGGCAGGGCGGCCCUGUUCAGACAGGGGGGGUUUGGCCAAGUCCUCCAGGAACACUGGGUGGGCGGGGCAAGCUCGCCGGCGCUCCAGCACCACCACCCCCAGCCUCAACCCACGGUUCGCUGUUCGCCGGAGGAAGUUGGGGAAGCUGCGAACCAUCGACACUCACCUGCUGGGGCCGUCCAUGUUGCUCGCCAGUCUGAUCCAGAUGACUGAGGAGGAGGAGGAGGAGGAGGAGGAGGAGGAGGAGGAGGAGGAGGGACCAGGGACGGGGCCAGCUGCCGGGGAGCAGCAGGGGGAGGGGAGGGGAGGUGCCAACGACAUGAGGAUCUUUUCACGCUCCAGCAGUCUCCAAUCAGACGGCGACGAUGAGGUUGGCGAUUACUUCACUGCCAGCGACAGCCAAUCAGAAUCCAGUCAGCUGUCAGAGGCGGAGCAACUGGAUGAGGUGGACGAUGUCUCUUGGUCCCUUGAUCCGCAAUUGUCUCCAUCCUCCACCGUCCUUGAGGCGUUGAGAAAGACGCCCCAGCCCCCCCCCGCAUCGCGGCCCGGGAUCCGGGCCCCUCGCUGCCUCCGGAGGAACUCCUCUCAGGUGUUUGCAGGAGACUCUGCUCCGUACAGCCGCCACCAUGCCUCCAGCCAGAGGAAGAGGAGGAGGAUCUCCACCGUUUCCAACAUGGUGCCUGGAAGAGGCCCCCCACUGGCCAGCCGCAGGACUUCAAUCUACUACUUCAACCACCAGGCCGGCCACAGGGGUCCCGGAGCCCUCAGUCCACUGGGGGCCCACAACUCCCGCCUGGAGAGCUGGAGCUCCCUCCUGCUGAAGGCUAUAGCGAAGCCGGGCCUCCAGCACGUGGCCACUCAGCCCAGCGUGUCGUUAUCUGCACCGAGCGACCCCCCCGAGCCCAGCAGCACCGUGGACUGGAGCGACAACGCUCAGCACGGGGAGCACGUCUGGUUCCAGACCAGCGGCUCUGGAGACUUCUGUUAUGUUGGGGAGCAGCACUGCGUCGCUAAAUCCCUGCAGAAGACUGUAUCGAGGAGGAAGUGUGCUGGAUGUCAGAUUUCAGUCCACACCAUGUGUAUGGAGCAGCUGGAGAAGAUCAAUUUCAGGUGCAAGCCGUCGUUCAGAGAACCGGGAGGUCGAGCUGCUCGAGAGGUCAGUGUUGUGCGACAUCACUGGGUGCACAGGAGGCGUCAGACAGGGAGGUGCCGACAGUGCGGGAAGGGAUUCCAGCAGAAGUUUUCAUUUCACAGCAAAGAGAUAAUCGCCAUCAGCUGCUCGUGGUGCAAACAGGCGUAUCACAACAAGGUGACGUGCUUCAUGCUGCAGCAGAUAGAGGAGUGCUGCUCUCUGGGAGCUCACGCCUCCGUCAUCAUCCCGCCCACCUGGAUCCUCAGAGGCCGCCGCCCACAGACGUCUCUGAAGUCGAGUAAGAAGAAGAAAAGGACGUCAGUGAAAAGCAGCAGGUCCAGUAAGAAGGGAGCUGAGCUCCAAGAUGGCCGCUGGAAGCCCUUCCUGGUGAAGCCUCUGGCGUCUCAGCUCAUGAGGCCUCUGCUGGUGUUCGUCAACCCGAAGAGCGGCGGGAACCAGGGAGCAAAGAUCAUCCAGUCCUUCAUGUGGUACCUGAACCCUCGGCAGGUGUUCGACCUGACAAAGGCUGGACCCAGAGAGGGACUGGAGCUGUUCGGCCAGGUGCCCAACCUGAGGAUCCUGGCUUGUGGGGGGGACGGGACGGUUGGAUGGAUCUUGUCAGUUUUGGACCAGUUAGAUCUUUGUCCUCAGCCUCCUGUGGCCAUCCUUCCUCUGGGGACCGGCAAUGACCUCGCAAGGACUCUGAACUGGGGAGGGGGUUACACUGAUGAACCCAUCACGAAGAUCCUGUCACACGUUGAGGAUGGAAACAUGGUGCAGCUGGACCGCUGGAACCUGAAGGUGGAGGCGAACCCCGAUGCUGGACCUGAGGAGAGAGACGGGCAUCAGACCGACAGACUUCCUAUUGACGUCUUCAACAACUACUUCAGUCUGGGCUUCGAUGCUCACGUCACGCUGGGCUUCCAUGAAUCCAGAGAGGCGAAUCCAGAGAAGUUUAACAGCCGCUUUAGGAACAAGAUGUUCUACGCAGGGACGGCGUUCUCAGACUUCCUCAGCGGGACCUCGAAGGACCUCGCCAAGCACAUCAGUGUGGUGUGUGACGGCCUCGACCUGACCUCAAAAAUCCAGGAGCUGAAGCUACAGUGUCUGCUGUUCCUCAACAUCCCGAGGUACUGUGCGGGGACCAUGCCUUGGGGUCAACCGAGUGAGCACCACGACUUUGAACCUCAGCGUCACGACGACGGCUGCAUCGAGGUCAUCGGCUUCACCAUGACGUCCCUGGCCACGCUGCAGGUCGGAGGUCACGGGGAGCGUCUCCACCAGUGUAAGGAAGUGACCCUCACCACCUUCAAGUCCGUCCCCAUGCAGGUGGACGGAGAACCCUGCAGACUGUCCCCGUCCAUCAUCAGCAUCAGUCUGAGGAACCAGGCCAACCUGGUGCAGAAGACCAAGAGGAGGAGCUCCAUGCCCCAUCUCAACCACCAGCAGCUCGUGGCUGAGACGCUGCAGGUCCCAGUGAACCGGAUCAGCAUGACGGCCUACGAGGCUCUGCACUACGACAUGGACCAUCUGAGGGACGCCUCGAUGCCGCUCGGAGUGAUCUCUGUCCCCGGGGACUGUGACCUGGAGACCUGCCGUCUGCUCAUAGAGCGUCUGCAGGACAAAAUGGAGCAGGACUGCGACCCGACAGAGGGGGGGAGUCUGACGUCACAGAAACUCUCCAUGAAGUGGUGUUUCCUCGACUGUACGACGGCAGAUCGCUUCUACAGAAUCGACCGAGCUCAGGAACACCUGAACUACGUGACGGAGAUCUCUCAGGAGGAACUCUACAUCCUGGACCCAGAGCUGGACAUCAAGGACACAGUGGACACGUCCGCCAGGAGGCUGGAGUCAGAGGAGCUGGACCAGGAGACACAGUGUGUCCUCCCCACGGCUUCUUCACAUGAUCCAGAAAACGUUCCCAUGUCUCACCUGGACGCCACGGAGACAGAGACCGGAGAGACGGCCACCUGCUGUCAGAGGAAGAAGGUUCAAUACCUGCUGGAGGGCGGGGCCUCGCUCAGGAAGACAGACCUGCAGGGUCAGAAGAACAAGGACCAGGAGCCGAGUGGAUAUCUGGAGAAACAUCAGCAGAGAGAUGACCGGGAGACACCUGUCUAACCUCCAACCUGUCUCACCUACAACCUGUCUCACCUACAACCCGUCUCACCUACAACCUGUCUCACAUCUAACCUGUCACACCUCCAACCUGUCUCACCUACAACCUGUCUCCCCUACAACCUUUCCCACAUCCAACCUGUCACACCUCCAACCUGUCUCACCUACAACCUGUCUCCCCUACAACCUGUCCCACAUCCAACCUGUCUAACCUCCAACCCGUCUCACCUACAACCUGUCUCACCUCCAACCUGUCUCACCUACAACCUGUCUCCCCUACAACCUGUCCCACAUCCAACCUGUCUCACAUCCAACCUGUCACACCUCCAACCUGUCUCACCUACAACCUGUCUCCCCUACAACCUGUCCCACAUCCAACCUGUCUCACAUCCAACCUGUCUCACCUCCAACCUGUCUAAACUCCAACCUGUCUAACCUCCAACGUGUCUCACCUCCAACCUGUCUCACCUCCAACCUGUCUCACCUACAACCUGUCUAACCUACAACCUGUCUCACUUACAACCUGUCUAACCUCCAACCUGUCUCACCUACAACCCGUCUCACCUACAACCUGUCUCACCUCCAACCUGUCUCACCUACAACCUGUCUCACCUACAACCCGUCUCACCUACAACCUGUACCACAUCCAACCUGUCUCACAUCCAAACUGUCUCACCUCCAACCUGUCUAACCUCCAACCUGUCUCACAUCCAACCUGUCUCACCUACAACCUGUCUCCCCUACAACCUGUCCCAAAUCCAACCUGUCUCACAUCCAACCUGUCACACCUCCAACCUGUCUCACCUAAAACCUGUCUCCCCUACAACCUGUCCCACAUCCAACCUGUCUCACAUCCAACCUGUCACACCGCCAACCUGUCUCACCUACAACCUGUCUCCCCUACAACCUGUCCCACAUCCAACCUGUCUCACAUCCAACCUGUCACACCGCCAACCUGUCUCACCUACAACCUGUCUCCCCUACAACCUGUCCCACAUCCAACCUGUCUCACAUCCAACCUGUCACACCUCCAACCUGUCUCACCUACAACCUGUCUCCCCUACAACCUGUUCCACAUCCAACCUGUCUCACAUCCAACCUGUCUCACCUCCAACCUGUCUAAACUCCAACCUGUCUCACAUUCAACCUGUCUCACUUACAACCUCUCUCACAUCCAACCUGUCUCACCUCCAAUCUGUCUCACCUCCAACCUGUCUCACCUCCAGCCUGUCUAUCUUCUUCUGGCUCAAUUCAACAUCUCUGGCCAGACUCAAUGUAGAAAAGUGCUGAUUUAACAGAGUGAAUGUAAACCUCUUCUUCUUCUUCUUCUUCUUCUUCUUCUUCUUCUUCUUCUCUCAGAUUCAUUUUAAUAUGUUAUAGACAAUGUUUGUUGAUGUUUGAAAAAGGCGUCUGUCCUCUGGAGACUGACGGACCUCAGGACAUGUCUUCUUCCACACGGUCACUUUAAGUUUGAUGAAUUGAGUUCUGUUGAUUUAUUUGUCGAGAUGACGACACGGCGUCGGCUUAUUCACAUUUUUAGAUAUUUCAGUGGCCACGUGAAGUUUGGUAAAGUUUUUUUCUUUUAAAAACUAUAAAGCAAGCAAAUGUUUCCAUAGUGAUGUGUAUCUACUGUAUUUAUUGUCUGUGACUGUAGAAGAGACGUCAGUAUUUUAAAAACCAGAUUCUGCCAAAGUCUGUAUUAAUAACUUGAUAUUCCACUGUAUGAUGAUGAGUAAGAACUGUUUCAUUAUUUCUGACCGGGAUUAAAACAGUAACAGUU